AAGUACCAUAGCUCAUCCUUUCCUCCUCAUCUAAAUUUAGUGAGAUUCAUCUCUUAUUACAAUGGCUCUAACUAGUAUAGCUUUCUUAGCUUCUCUACUCAUGACUUUUGUGGUACUUUCAUUUGCUGCUGAUUCUUAUGGUUAUAACCCUACUCCUGUCUACACACCAUCUCCCGUUUAUAAGCCACCCGUAUAUAUCCCUUCUCCGGUAUACAAGUCACCCGUUUAUACUCCAUCACCUAUAUAUAAGUCUCCUGUGUAUACUCCAUCCCCUGUAUACAAGUCACCUGUAUACACUCCAUCCCCAGUAUACAAGUCACCCGUUUAUACUCCAUCUCCGAUUUAUAAAUCCCCUGUGUACACUCCAUCCCCAGUAUACAAGCCACCCGUAUAUACUCCAUCACCAGUAUACAAGUCACCCGUUUAUACUCCAUCUCCGAUUUAUAAAUCUCCUGUGUACACUCCAUCCCCAGUAUACAAGCCACCCGUAUAUACUCCAUCACCAGUAUAUAAGUCACCCGUUUAUACUCCAUCUCCGAUUUAUAAAUCUCCUGUGUACACUCCAUCCCCAGUAUACAAGUCACCCGUAUAUACUCCAUCACCAGUGUACAAGUCACCCGUUUAUACUCCAUCUCCUACAUAUAAGUCUCCUGUGUAUACUCCAUCCCCAGUAUACAAGUCACCGGUAUACACUCCAUCACCAGUGUACAAGUCACCCGUUUAUACCCCUUCACCGGUUUACAAGUCACCAAUUUACACACCUUCACCAGUAUACAAGUCACCUGUUUAUACUCCAUCUCCUAUUUAUAAGUCUCCUGUGUAUACUCCAUCCCCAGUAUACAAGUCACCUGUGUACAAUCCAUCACCAGUAUACAAAUCACCCGUUUAUACUCCAUCUCCUACCUACAAGUCACCUGUGUAUACUCCAUCCCCUGUAUACAAGUCACCAGUAUACAGCCAAUCACCAGUGUACAAGUCACCCAUUUAUACCCCAUCACCGGUGUAUAAGUCUCCUGUAUAUACACCAUCACCAAUUUACAAAUCACCCGUUUAUACCCCAUCUCCUACUUAUAAAUCUCCUGUGUAUACUCCUUCACCAGUAUACACUCCAUCUCCCGUGUACAAGUCACCGGUAUACACCCCAUCACCAGUGUACAAGUCUCCCGUUUAUAUCCCAUCACCAAUUUACAAAUCUCCUAUAUAUACACCAUCACCGGUGUACAAGUCACCCAUUUAUUCCCCAACGCCAGUGUACAAAUCACCUAUUUAUACCCCAUCACCAGUUUACAAAUCUCCCAUAUACACUCCAUCACCAGUAUACAAGUCACCUGUUUACACACCAUCACCAAUAUAUAAAUCUCCCGUUUACACACCAUCACCAGUUUACGAAUCUCCGGCAUAUAUCCCUAGUCCUCCAUAUGGCUAUUAAGAAAUGUAUUAUGUAUGACUAAUUGUGUUGUUUGCCAAGUUCUUGUUUUGCGAAGGUUAUGCAUGAAACAAAGUACUCGGAAUGUUUGUUGAGUGCAUUUGUAUUUUUUAUGUAUUGUUUAAUAUUCAAUAUAAUAAAAGCAAAAGU